CGCAGGUGGCGGUGGUGGUUGUGCUGUUUUGUGCGCGUGCUUGUGGUCAUCGUGUAAACAUCGUGCCUCUUCCUCUUUAUUUUUUUCGUUCCACGAUCGUUGUGAUCACCGCGGUGAAUCCAGCAGUGCUUUUUGUUCUCACCGUUACUUCGGCAUGUCGUCGAGAGGACCGCGCAGUCAAGGCUUCUACGGCCACGAUGAUCGCGCCGGAGAUCGUGGUGGCAAUCGUGGACGUGGUGGUGGCGGCCACCGGGGUGGGGGACGCAUGGGCAACAGGGGUGGCUUCGGUGCGCCCAUUCUAAAGCGCUACAACCGCCAAAAGUUCGGUGGUGGCCCAUCAGGUGGACAACCCGGCUACGGCCGUCGAGGCGGUGGAGGCAACCGGGCUAGGUUUGCGGAAGAAGACGGGGACAUAGAAAUGCAAGGGGGAAACCUACCUGACCACAUGCGCAACCGCUUCAAGCCGUACAACAACUCCUACAACCGCAACAGGAAAAGGAGGGGCAUGCCAGACCGGAGAGGAGGCCGAGAUGUUUACGUUCCACCCCACCUACAGAACAAGAGCGGCGAAGGAACGUGGUACAAAGUCGUGAUUCCACAAGGCAAGAAGUUCGGCAAGGACUUCAUCUACAGAGAGAUCAAGGCGAGGAUCAGUGUCCCGCUCAUUCCUUACAACUUCCAGUUUGAUGGCCAUAACGCAGUCUUCUACAUUGCCGAUGUUCCAACAGCUACGGCCGUGCGAAACCUCAACAGAGUCAUCGACACACCCUCCGGCUUCAAGAUGGCCAUCACAGUCAAAGGCUCCGACCUGCCAAUCGUGGCCGUCGAUGAGGAGGUCAUGCAAAGUCUCAAGCUGGUGAUGAGCAAGCGAUAUGAUGCGACUCGCGGUUACCUUGACCUGUCAAACUUUCAAAAGGAUGAGUCCCUAAAAGAGGCUAACCUGUACAUCACCUUCACGCGGCCGAGCAUCUUGUCCAUAGCGAUCAAGAUCAUCGUGGAAAACGUUCCCGAGGUUCAGACGCUAGACCUGUCGAACAACAAGUUGACCACGCUCUACCCACUCGGUCCCGUUCAGGGUGCGUGCAAGCAGCUGCGUUCCCUCAACUUCGCCAACAACCGGAUUCUGAAAAUGGCUGAGCUAGACAGCAUGAAGGGCAUGUCGUCUGUCCAAGAGCUCAUCCUGGAGGGGAACCCCGUCUGCACGGCGUACAACGACAAGAGCCAGUACAUAAGCGCGGUGCGGCAGCGCUUCCCCAAGGUCAUCCUGCUGGACCACAACGAGCUACCCCCUCCCAUAUCGUUCGACCUGGGCCUGGAAGAAACGAUUCCUCCUUCAAAGCCAAGCUAUUUCCCCUCGGAGGACGUGAAGCAGAUCGUGGUGCAGUUCCUGGAACAGUACUUCACCAUAUUUGACUCGAAGAGCAGGGGCGGCUUGAUAGACGCCUACCACGACGACGCAAUCUUCUCCAUGAGUUCUUCUAAGCUUCCGCAAACAAAGCAUGAUGCCAGGGAAUUCAUGAGAGACAGCAGAAACAUCAUGAAGGUGACAAAUACAGAGUCGAGACGAGAAAAACUCAAGACGGGGCGGGUCAACGUCGUUUCUUUUCUCAGCCAGCUGCCCGAGACGCGCCACGACCCCAGUUCGUUCACCGUCGACAUCCCCCUUGUGACGCCAUCUUUGAUGUGCUUCACGGUGUUUGGAAUCUUGAGAGUCGUGAACAAUGGUCUCAUCGUUCCACAAGUAAAGAGUUUCACAAGAACCUUCUUUGUCGUUCCCCAAGGUGCAGGGUUUUCCAUCAUCAAUGAAACACUCUUUGUCACGGGUGGAACUGAUGAUCAGAUCAAGGCAUACCCCACACCUGAAAACACGCUGCCGGCCCCUACGCCGACCCCGUCUCCGGUGCCGACUCCAGUGCUCACACCGGCAGCACCACUUGCAACGAACGAGCGGGAGAGUAUAUUGGUGCAACUGUGCGCAGAGACGCGGAUGAACAGGGCUUUCGCAGAAAGGUGUAUGGAACAGAACGAGUGGAACUUGCACAAGGCACUCCUAGUAUUUGCCGAACUGAGCGCUCGAGGAGCAAUACCCCCAGAGGCAUUUCAGAGCUGAGCGCAUCAUCCUCAACCAUGGCUAUCAUAGUUAAUGGCAAUAAGGCGAAUGGGCUGAGAGCAGCUACUGUUAACUUCAUGUAAAUAAAUGCUUUUUAAAGAAACAUCAUGUAAAUAAUAAGCCAUCAGGCGAUACCCAAGUGUUAAUGAUGUACAUAGGAUGGAAAGAAGAAAAAAAAACAGGUGCGCAACAAAUCUUGUGACACAAUAAACACAUCUCACUAAA